UUACGACAUAUUAUCGGCAUUCACUUUUUCAGCAGGAAGCCCUGCAACGAGAGCUAGUUAGCUAGCUAUGAGUUACAAUUCCAACAGCCUCACAGUCUCCUUCGCCAACCAACGUCCAUGGAGGAGGGGCGUCAGAGAGCGGCAGCGGUCAUCGUCCCCCGAACGCCUGAGCCAGUGGCCCGGCCCCAUGUAUCGCUGGCCGGAAGACGACGCGAAUAGUUCAUGGAGAUUGUUCGAAGAACGUGUUAGAACUGGACCUUUUGGCCUCUCACGCUUCCCUUCGCAACCUCACUCCCCGGUCCGAAUCCUGGUCCUCGACGACGACGGACACGGGGCGGUGAACCCGAGGCUGACUCAGUUCAUUAGGAACUCGCCGCCGAGGAUCCGGGGCGAGUGGAACCUCGUCCCCGCUGGCUCAGAGGCGGAGCCAGCGGAGGACCCCGGGCUGAGCGAGGAGGAGUACAAAAAGGCGAUGAAGAAGCUGCGGAAGCAGGUGUACAACCCGCCGUACCCGCGGCGGAGGGCGUGGAGGCGCGGCCUCUUCAGCGGCUGGAGCGGCAACGGCGGAUCGGAGGCAGAGGAGGAGGAGAAGGAGGAAGGGAAGGAGUGCGCGGUCUGCUUGGAGGCAUUCGUGGCCAACGAGCACGUCCUCGUCACGCCCUGCAACCACAUGUUCCACAACGACUGCUUGGUGCCGUGGGUGAAGCUCCACGGCAAGUGCCCGGUGUGCAGGUUCGUGUUCUGCGAAAAGAAACCGGCGGUGAGCAGGAACAACAGCAGCAGCAGCAACAGCUUCAAUGCAGGCGUUCUCACUCAUGGAUUUGGCAAUGGGAUGGACGGCGGCGUGUCUCAGGAACUCGUCACGCUCAUCAGGGCCAUGGAGGAGGCCUUCAACUGGAUGAGCUACUCUCGCCCUGCACCGCAUCAGUAAAAAGAAAUCGAUGCCGAGCAAAAGUAUAACAAGUUGAUCGAAUGAUUCCAACUUAUAUAUGUGUUAUUGUAUACCCGGCCGUCUGCUUAAAUGCUACGCGGACAGUGGGAAAAUAAGAUGCUGAUCACUAGAGAACUGGAAGGAAACAGUAAUUAAGGACUGUUUAUUAGUGCGAGUACUUUAUAGUCGAAAAAGAAAAUUAAACAGAGCAA